AUGCUCGUCUCAGAUAACGUUUUGACAAUUUUACUCCUACAGAAACAAGAUGAAUCUCUUUUGGAAGAUGUCUGGACUCUUUUAAGAGCUGGAAGACUGGAAGAGGCAUGUCACCUUUGCCGAUCUGCAGGACAGCCAUGGAGAGCUGCAACUUUGUGCGUAUUUGGAGGACUUGAUCAGUUUCCUUCAAUUGAAGCCCUGGUGAAAAAUGGAAAGGAUAGAACUUUGCAAGCCAUUGAGUUGGAAAGUGGCAUUGGCCACCAAUGGCAUCUGUGGAAGUGGGCUUCUUAUUGUGCAUCAGAAGUAGGCUUCUUAUUGAGUCACCUGGUUACAAUUUAA